AUGACUUUGCGGCUUUGCUGUGCCUGGAUUUUUAUCCUCCUCCUUCCUGGCCUCUCAGACGGAGGGAAACACCUGGUGGUGCCCAUGGAUGGAAGCCACUGGCUUAGCAUGUGGCAAGUGGUCAAAAAGCUCACCGAGAGAGGACACGAAGUGGUGGUGCUUAUACCAGAAGUAAGCUGGCAGAUGAAGACAACACAGGCGUGCACCGUGAAAACAUACCCAGUGUCUUACACAUUAGAAGAGCUGGAUAAUGCCUUUCAUGAAUAUGUUGCCACUCACCUGAAGGACCUGCCUUUCCCGCUGAAUGUUCUAGCGUUGUACAACAACUCAGUGCACGUUUUCCAUACAUUCUUUGUUCAGUGCAAGAACCUGUUCAACAGCAAGGAGACCCUGCAGUACUUGAAUCAAAGCGGCUUCGAUGCUGUCCUAACAGACCCCAUUUUUAUGUGCGGAGCGACACUUGCUAAUUAUUUUUCUCUUCCAUUUGUGUUCUUCAUGAGAGGAUUUCCUUGCAACUUACACUAUGAAGCACCACAGUGCCCAAGCCCUCUGUCCUACACCCCAAGACUAUUUACCUUCAACUCAGACCGCAUGACUUUUUUCCAGAGAGUGGAAAAUGCACUGGUUGCCCUCCUGGAGCUUGUGUACUGUAACAGUUUCUAUGAAGACAUGAUAAAGUUUUCCUCUGAAGUUCUUCAGAGAGAUGUAUCCCUGCUAGACCUUCUGAACUCGGCUUCCAUUUGGCUUCUGAGAUUUGACUUUGUGUUCGAGUAUGUCAGACCAGUGAUGCCGAAUAUGGUCUUUAUUGGAGGUAUAAACUGUGCUCAGAGGAAACCGCUAUGUAAGGAGUUUGAAGCUAUUGUGAAUGCCUCUGGAGAACACGGCAUUGUUGUCUUCUCACUGGGCUCCAUGGUCUCUGAGAUUCCUAUGAAGAAAGCCACAGAAAUUGCAGAUGCCUUGGGAUCAGUCCCUCAAACGGUUUUGUGGCGAUACACAGGAGAGGUGCCCCCCAACCUGCCGAAGAACGUAAAGCUUGUCAAAUGGCUGCCACAGAAUGAUCUUCUAGCUCACCCUAAGACUCGUGCCUUUAUUACCCAUGGAGGCUCACACGGUGUUUAUGAGGGCAUAUGCAAUGCAGUGCCAAUGGUACUAAUGCCUUUAUUUGGAGACCAGAUGGACAACGCCAAGCGAAUAGAGUCACGGGGAGCAGGACUGACACUGAAUAUACUCGAAAUGACUUCAAAGGACAUCUCCGCUGCCCUGAAAGCAGUUAUUAAUGAUAAAAAGUACAAAGAGAACAUCAAGCGUCUCUCUGACCUUCACCUCGACAGACCCAUCCACCCCCUGGACCUGGCUGUGCACUGGGUGGAGUUUGUAAUGAGACACAAAGGGGCCCCACACCUGCGACCUGCUGCUCACGACUUGAACUGGAUCCAGUACCACUCCCUGGACGUCAUCGCCUUCCUCCUCUCUGUGGUGCUCCUCUCCCUCUUCAUUUCUCUGAAGUGCUGCCUGUUCUGCUGCCGCAGGUGCUGCUGUAAGAAGGGAAGACCAAGAAAGCCAACCAAAUCAAAGUCCCACUAGCAGAUGAAACCAGUGGUAGGACAUAAGGCCUCCGCUCCAGACCAGAAGGAUCAAAGAACAUCUCAAAUUUCACUAAAAUAAUUGCUGACUUUCUGUCAAGAAAUAAUAGUGUUCCUUUAAACUGGCACCAUAGGAGGGGUUGUUUCACUGAUGAUAACAAUUUUUGCCUUUAAUUAAGAAUCGGGUGUUAAAAAUAAUUUGUAUGGGAGUACUUCAGUUACUUGGAAGGAUAUUAGUCCAAGGCUUCUGGCUUCCACGUCUUGGUGUACAGAGGACUCAUGGUGAUAUUUUUUUUUUUUAUCUCUAUAUGCAGUGGAGAGAUAUAUAGGGAUUUCAUAAGACUUUGCUUCAAGGGCUUUAGGAGAACCAUUUGCUCUAGUGUAAGACUGUCAGGUUUAUCAAGCACUUUGAAAUCUUUGUAUAGCUGUUGUUAUAGAAGAGGCAAAUGUUACACACUGACAAUACAUGUCACAUAAGCCAAGCUACACGCACAUCUUAAAUGGGUUUUGUGUGUGUUUACAAUACCCUGAACUCAAUCAAGGUUUCGGCAGGGAAGUGGUUGUAAAGCCACUAGUGUUUCACCCAAGUUCCCCAUCAGGCAGAGUACUGUAUCUGGAGUUUACGUGUUAGAUGAUGAGACCUUUGUAAGCAUUGUUUCUAAAACCCAACUGAUUUCCUCUUUGUAAGUGAUGUUCAGAUAAAGACCCAAACCCCACCCCUAUAAAUAAAUCCCC